AUGCUCCGGCGAGCCCUUGGUCUUACGACCGUCGGCGUCGGCGGAGGGGCAGCGUUCGCGUACCAGUGGGCGAAGGAGGCGCUUGGGGAGGAUGGGUUGGAACGGUUGAUCAAAUACGACCGCGUCGCCAUCCCCGCCAUCGUGCAGUACAAGUGGGUGGAAGCGCGGUGCGGAAAGUUGUCUCGUCUGGCCCCGCUGCUCUUCCCGCCCGUGAGCGAGGAGGAGGAGACGGCGCGCUUCGCCGUGCUGCACGAGAGGCGCGGCGAGAGGCGCGGCGCCGGCCCGGCUGCACCUCGGCGGCACCUCGGUCCCGUAGGCGUCACGAAGGAGGAGUUCCUGGCCGCGGAGAAGGCGCGCGUCGAGGCAGAGUCCCGCGAGGCCGCUUCGCGAGGCCGCCUCGUCCGGCAGCUCUCGCACAACACGUACGAGCGCUACAUUGCGCUGCAGCGGGUGCGCGCCGCUUGCUGGCGCGGCGCGGCGCGGCUGUACAACUGGACGAUCGGCGUGCUCACGCUCGGCGCGUCGCGAUACGACCUCGCCGCCCUCUCCGCAGAGGCGCUCAUCCCGAUCAACGCGGCGUCGCUGGUGCUCAUCGACGGCUGCUUCAACGCCGACCCGCACCCGGGCAACAUCCUCUACGUGGACUCGGUCCACCCGCCAAAGCUGGGGCUGAUUGACUAUGGGCAGGUGAAGCGGCUGACGGACCAGCAGCGGUAUGACGUCGCCAAGGCGUACUUGCUCGUCGAGGCCGCGCUGCGAAUCGACCCGAAGACGGACCCGCAGGCUGACCCGGCGGCGCACGCCAGGGCGAAGGCCGCCAUCGCGCGCCACCAGUUCGAGACGCUCGGCGUCAAGACGGAGAAGCUCGACCCCGAGGUGGCGUACGAGCAGGCUUGCGUCUACUUCGGGCGGAUGGACGCGGCGUGGCUGUACCCGCUCAACGUGAUACAAUGGUCCGACUCGGUCGAGGCGCGCGAUCCGCUCAAGGACAUCUCCGCGUGCGAAUACCUCGUCAUGCUCAACAUGACGACGAUGAUGAUUCGCGGGCUCGGCGAGAUGCUGCAGCAGUACCGCAACCUUGCAGCCGUGUGGGCGCCGACGGCGCGCCGGGCGCUCUCCGAGCAGCCGGGCUUACUCGAGACGGUGGAGGCGGAGAUCCGCUCGUGGCAUGAACCGUGAUUCUCAGCGUCGUGACCGUAAUAGCUAAUGGUACUGUGUACGAGUAAUCUCAGUAGCUGAGGCCCGAGACAAAAAUCUAAU